GGAUGGCUCUGCUGAGAAUAGGGGCUGGAACAUUUGUUAUUUGUGUGUGUGUGUGUGUGUGUGUGAGAAGAUCAGAGGGCAGCUUGCUGGAAUUGGUUCUUGCCUUUUCUCAUGUGUGUCCUGGAGGUUGAUCUCAGGUCAUCGGGUUGACAGCAAUCACCUUUAUGCCUGCUGAGCCCUCUAGCUGGCCCUUUGGUACUUUAUCUUGUACUGCUGGCUGCCGAGGCUGUCAGAGACCUCUGCAGAGGAAGCCUCCCAAGCUGCUGUCAAGAAGACAGGGGUGCCACCAUCAUCGCUGUCCCGCCCCCAGCAGCUCCUCUAGGUUGUGGGUAGCUGUAAGCAUGUGAAAACCAUCUGUCCAUGCUCAGCUCCAGGACCUGGCAGAGAGAGCUUUGUUGGCGAAAGGACUGAGUAGAUGGGAUUCACCGGUGAGGCCGCCACACCUUUGGAAAACCGGAGGUAGCGGUCACGGGCGAGUGCACAUGUCACCUAGCGUUCAGGAGUAUAAGGCUGGCCUCAGCUGUGUAAGACCCUGUCUCCAAGAAAACCUAAAUAAAAUAAAGAGAAGGAGACACCACAGGGUGCGGGACCAUGGCGGUCCAGCUGUGUGGCAGGCACAGAGGCGGGCGAGGACAGGGACAGAGCCAGCAGCUGCUCCCAGGUGCGACACACAGAACAGGCAGAAGAUGCCCGCCCGGGGUGUCGCUGGCGGACAGCGUUCCUGUCAGUUCCCACCGUGGCACUUUCUGUUGGCUCUGGGUCUAUCGCCAGGUUGGCCUCAGGAUCCUGUGAGAGGUGACAGGUGUGAGCCAUGCUCCAGGCUCUCUCACAGACACUGUGUGUGUGUGUGUGUGUGUGUGUGUGUAUGUGUGUGCAUGCAGGCAUGGACAGAGCGGGACAGCAGGAUGUGUGUGUGUGUGUGUGUGUGUGUACAUGCAGGCAUGGACAGAGCGGGACAGCAGGAUGUGUGUGUGUGUGUGUGUGUGUGUGUGUGCAUGCAGGCAUGGACAGAGCGGGACAGCAGGAUGUGUGUGUGUGUGUGUGUGUGUGUGUACAUGCAGGCAUGGACAGAGCGGGACAGCAGGUUGUGUGUGUGUGUGUGUGUGUGUGCAUGCAGGCAUGGACAGAGCGGGACAGCAGGUUGUGUGUGUGUGUGUGUGUGUGUGCAUGCAGGCAUGGACAGAGCGGGACAGCAGGUUGUGUGUGUGUGUGUGUGUGUGUGCAUGCAGGCAUGGACAGAGCGGGACAGCAGGAUGUGUGUGUGUGUGUGUGUGCAUGCAGGCAUGGACAGAGCGGGACAGCAGGUUGUGUGUGUGUGUGUGUGUACAUGCAGGCAUGGACAGAGCGGGACAGCAGGUUGUGUGUGUGUGUGUGUGUGUGUGCAUGCAGGCAUGGACAGAGCGGGACAGCAGGUUGUGUGUGUGUGUGUGUGUGUGUGUGCAUGCAGGCAUGGACAGAGCGGGACAGCAGGUUGUGUGUGUGUGUGUGUGUGUGUGUGUACAUGCAGGCAUGGACAGAGUGGGACAGCAGGUUGUGUGUGUGUGUGUGUGUGUGUGUGUGCAUGCAGGCAUGGACAGAGCGGGACAGCAGGUUGUGUGUGUGUGUGUGUGUGUGUGUGUGUGUGUGUACAUGCAGGCAUGGACAGAGCGGGACAGCAGGUUGUGUGUGUGUGUGUGUGUACAUGUUAGCGUGGGCAGAGCAGGACAGCAGGUUGUGUGUGUGUGUGUGUGUGUGUGUGUGUGCAUGCAGGCAUGGACAGAGCAGGACAGCAGGUUGUGUGUGUGUGUGUGUGUGCAUGCAGGCAUGGACAGAGUGAGACAGCAGGUGGUGUAUGUGUGUGUGUAUGUGAGUGUGUGUGAGUGUGUGUGUGUACAUGUGAGCGUGGGCAGAGCAGGACAGCAGGUAGUGUGUGUGUGAGUGUGUGUGUGUGUACAUGUGAGCAUGGGCAGAGCAGGACAGCAGGUGGUGUGUGUGUGUAUGUGAGUGUGUGUGUGUGAGUGUGUGUGUGUACAUGUGAGCAUGGGCAGAGCAGGACAGCAGGUGGUGUGUGUGUGUGUACAUGCAGGCAUGGACAGAGCGGGACAGCAGGUAGUGUGUGUGUGUGUGUGUGUGUACAUGUGAGCAUGGGCAGAGCAGGACAGCAGGUGGUGUGUGUGUGUGUGUACAGUUUAAAAAGGUGUGGGCAGAACAGGACAGCAGGUGGGGUGUGGGGUAUCCAUGUGAUGUGUGUGGGGUGAGCAUGUGUACAUGCGGGUGUGGGCAGAGCGGGACAGCAGGUGGUGUGUGUAUACAUGUGUGUGUACAUGUGAGCAUGUGUACAUGCAGGCGUGGGCAGAGCGGGACAGCAGGUGGUGUGUGUAUACAUGUGUGUGUACACGUGAGCAUGUGUACAUGCAGGCGUGGGCAGAGUGGGACAGCAGGUGGUGUGUGUAUACAUGUGUAUGUACACGUGAGCAUGUGUACAUGCGGGUGUGGGCAGAGCGGGACAGCAGGUGGUGUGUGUAUACAUGUGUGUGUACAUGUGAGCAUGUGUACAUGCAGGCGUGGGCAGAGCGGGACAGCAGAUGGUGUGUGUAUACAUGUGUGUGUACACGUGAGCAUGUGUACAUGCGGGUGUGGGCAGAGUGGGACUCAGGUGUCCUGCUCUGUCACCUCCAUCUUAUUCUGUUUACUCUGGGCCUUGUUGGUCCUGGCCCCGGUGCUGCUGGGCAGUGAGCCGCAGCUGUCCUCUCACCCCCUGUGCUUGAGGCGAUGGCGACGUGUGAGCACACCCAGGUCUUAUGUGGGUGGUGGAGAUUCACCUCAGGUCCUCGUGCUGGCCAUCGUCCAGGCCACGGUGUGCAGACAGGGC